AUGCACCGUUUAGCAAGGAGGACAUUGUUGGCGAUAGUGAUUGUACUAUUUGGGACAAACCUCUUCUUCGACAUCGCCUCGGCCAGUCUCAUAGAAGGCACCUGUAGAGGCAGAAUGGGUAAUCGUGAGAUCUACAAGAAAGUUGAUCGGUUUGUGAAGACUGGGGCUAAUAUCUUCCGAUUGCCAGAAUUGGAAGGCUUGUGUAGGGAUCGGUGCUUCUACAAUGAAUGGUUUCUGCUUUGUCUGAAGGCUGCCAACAGGGAUGACGAGAUCGAAAAUUUUAGAGUGUGGAUCAGUAUUCUGAACGCCUGAAAAUGAGGGGGAGCCCAGGAACCAAUCCCUUCCAAUCACUAGGUCUCACUCACAUGGGCCAACAUUCACGACACUCGACGACCAAGUAUAAUUAUCAUUACAAUUC